AUGUUUUUCUCCCAGCAACCCACCCAUCUCGCUCGUGCCGAGGAAUUGAGACAAGAACCUCCCAAGGGCACUCCAUAUUCGGUUGCCCUUCCCGGCACCGAGCAACCCGGACGGAGCAAAGUCUACCGUGCUUGGAAUCUUCAGAAUGAGCUUCUAAAGACGUUGGACCCCAAGAUUCUCACGGCGCACGAUGUCUUUGAGUCGACCGCGAAUCGAGUCCCGAAAGCCCAUUGCCUCGGAUGGCGUCCUUACAACCCGGUCACAAAAACCUACGGCCCUUACCAGUGGAUGGACUAUGAGACCGUUCGAAAGCGAAGAGCUGCCUUUGGUGCCGGCUUGGUGGAAGUGCACAACAAGCAUGGCUGCGGACGCCCGGGACCGUAUGGGAUUGGACUUUGGUGUCAAAAUCGGCCAGAAUGGCAAAUUACUGAUCUGGCAUGCAUGUCCCAGUCCCUCUACUCGGUCUCGAUCUAUGAUGUCCUUGCCUCGGAUGCCACCGAAUAUAUUAUCAACCAUGCAGAAUUGAACUGUGUUGUCACCUCCUUGCCGCAUAUUCCCACUCUGCUUAAGCUCAAGCCCUCUUUGCCCAAUCUCAAGAUCAUCGUGAGUCUGGAUCCUCUGGAUGCUGGCGAACCCGCCGGCCACUCAAAGCGUGCGCUCCUGGAGUCCAUCGCUGCCGGUCUGGAUGUCGCAAUCUAUACCAUGGAUCAGGUUGAGGAGCUGGGCACCGCUUCGAAUCGUCCGUGCAAUCCCCCCUCUCCUUCGGACAUCGUCACGAUCAACUAUACCUCCGGUACUACCGGUCCUCCAAAGGGUGUGGUCUUGACUCAUGAGAAUGCCGUGGCUGCAACCUCUGCCGCGCUCGUCAACGUUCAGCAGGCCCCAGGUGACACAAGUUUGUCUUAUCUGCCGUUGGCCCACAUCUAUGCUCGUUUGACGGAGCAUACCGCUUUCUGGGCGGGUGCGCGUAUCGGCUACUUCCACGGUAAUAUCGUGGAACUGGUCGACGAUAUCAAGACGUUGAAACCUACGGGUUUCAUGUCAGUCCCCCGUCUUUACAGUCGCUUUGGCAACGUCAUUCGUGCUGCCACCGUAGAGCAACCCGGCUUCAAGGGUGCUCUGUCAAGACACAUUGUUGCCGCCAAAACUGCCAACCUGAAGAAUCCCGACCCCAGCAAAGCCACCGUGAAGCAUGCUCUAUACGACAGAAUCUGGGCCAAGAAGGUCGCUGCGGCCAUUGGUUUGGAACGGUGUAGAUUCAUGGUGUCGGGCUCGGCGCCCCUAGAUCCCUCCUUGCACAACUUCCUGAGAGUUGCCCUUGGAGUCGACUUCAUCCAGGGCUACGGUCUGACCGAGACGUACGCCAUGGCAAGCUCGCAGUCUUCGAAGGAUCUUACCGCCGGCAACUGUGGGCGUCUCGCUCCUUGCACCGAAGCCUGUCUAAUGUCUUUGCCUGACAUGGAAUAUUCGGUCGACGACAAGCCUUUCCCACGGGGUGAGUUGCUUCUGCGCGGUACCAAUGUCUUCAAGGAAUACUUCAAGAACACGGAGGAGACCAGCAAAGCGAUGACCGAGGAUGGUUGGUUCCGAACUGGGGAUGUUUGUACAGUUGAUGAAAUGGGUCGCUUUGUUAUCAUCGACCGCCGGAAGAAUGUCCUCAAGCUCGCCCAGGGAGAGUACAUCUCUCCUGAACGACUUGAGGGUGUCUACCUGUCGGAGCUUGGUUAUUUUGCUCAGGGCUAUGUUCAUGGUGACAGCGUUCAGACUUUCUUGGUUGGUAUUUUCGGUGUCCAGCCUGAUGCAUUCGCUCCGUUCGCUAGCAAGGUUCUUGGUCGGACUAUCGAUGCUGCAGACAUCGAGGGACUUAAGUCGGUUCUGGGUGACGACAAGGUCCGCAAGGCGGUGCUGCGAGACCUCGAGAAGGUCGCCAGGAAGCACAAGCUUGCUGGUUACGAAAGAGUCAAGAACUGUGCUUUGCUCAUUGAGCCUUUCUCAGUUGAGAAUAACCUGCUGACACCGACUCUCAAGCUGAAGCGUCCUCCUACCACGAAGAAAUAUCGCCAGCUCCUGGAUCAGCUUUAUACUCAGGCUCUGGAAGAACAAUCUGCUCCCAAGGCUAGGCUCGUGCUCCAUCUGAACGACGACAUCUCUUCCUCGCCCAACCGCCGACGAAAUUCUCAAAAAUUGUGCGAGGAAGUCACUGCCCUUUCAAUGAUGUUCUUCCUCAGGUCGUCUCUUUCUGCCCUUCUCCUUUUCAUUGCGGCUACCUUCACAGCAGCAUUGUCGUCUCCCCUCACAAUCACCAUCCCUCCUUCGAAUCUGCUACCCAAUCCUAACACCCUCCCAGCUGGGACACACGCGACCUUGACCUCAUUACCGUCACCGAAGGAUACGGAAGAUGUCCCCAGUCACCUGCCUCAUCCCUUGACGGCCCCGCUCACCCGCUCGGCUUCUUUCGUCUUCCGGAACCUCAAGGCGACGAAACCGGAGUCCUAUCUGCUCGAUAUUCGAUCGGCCGAGUAUAUCUUCGCUCCGUAUCGGGUGGACGUCUCUGCCGAUGGAACUGUCCUGGGCGUGUGGGAGACUUACCGGGGAAACCCAUGGGACAAUCGCGGCCCGGAGAAGUUCGUUGUCGAUGCUGCUGCUGGCAACAGCGCCAAAGCCGCAGAGGUGACGGUGGAAGCGAAAGUCUUGGCUCGAAGAGGUUUCUAUGAAGAAAGAGCUAGAUUCUCGCCCCUUUCGCUCUUCAAAAACCCUAUGAUUUUGUUGGCAUUGGUAGCACUGGGUUUCACCUUUGGAAUGCCGAAGCUUAUGGAGAAUAUGGACCCGGAAAUGCGUGCUGAAUUUGAGAAGCAAUCACGCUCCUCUCCGAUCUCUGGUGCUACACGAAAUGCUAUGGCUGGCGGCGGCGCGCCUGGGAAUUUCGAUCUGGCCGGCUGGAUGGCCGGUGCCACCCCAAGGCAAACCGCCGAGACAGAUUCUGGAGCCUCCCGGGGAGCAGCAACCGGUCGGGAAACUGGGGGUUCUACGCGCAGACGAGGUUGA